GCCGGUAGGAGGUUGAAGCUGCUUUCCCAGCUCCUGUGCUAUUCGCUUCGACUGCGUAACCACGGUACCGUGACCAAUUGUACCUUGCAGUUCUGGAAACAUCGGUGGUCUGUGUCUGGCUACGGUACUAGGACUGCGCUGGCACAAACUCCGUUUGAACAAAUCUUUCCUCUAGCUCUCAGCACCCGAGUCGAGCGCCUCAUACUGUACCUCGGUUUGCCUUCGGGAUAUCUAUAAAGGCGCGUUUUCGUUGCUUUUGUCUACUGCCUCUGCCCUUCGAUUUUUGCGCAGUAUCCCUUUCCCCAUUUUUUUCUUUGCCACCUUUGGUGAGGCUUAUACCGGUAAUAACACUGGGCUAUCAUCGCUCCCCCCUCUGCUCCCGUCUCUACCAAUCCACCCUCUGAUAAGAGUUUUGAACUCAUCCUGCAGCUCACAUUUCUCCUGGCCCGCACAGAAGCCUAUCCAGCAACCUUUCUCGAACCAACACACCGCGCAUCCACUGCGAAUCACGACUGCCAUGUUCUUCAUUCACGAGCUCAACCGCACCAUUACGCUUCAUCCAUCCUACUUCGGACCCCAUAUGAGAGACUACCUCAUUCACAAACUUCACGAGGAUGUCGAGGGCUCAUGUACUGGGCGCUAUUUCAUCAUCUGUGUGAUUGAAUAUGAGAACAUUACCCUUGGGAGAAUCAUUCCUGGGAAGGGCGACGCAGAAUUCACCAUCACUUACAAAGCUGUUGUCUGGCGCCCAUUUAAGGGUGAGACUGUAUGAUACAUUCUUCUCAGAGCAGCUGCAUCUGCUAACAUCCAUUAGGUUGACGGUGUGGUUAGUUCGGUCAAUAAGAUGGGCUUCUUCGCUGAAGUUGGUCCAUUAACUGUUUUCGUUUCGAGCCAUGUAAGUAUGUUGGCUGUGGUUUUACUCGAUCCUUCUCACUAGUUAGCUUAUUCCCCGCGACAUCAAAUUCGACCCGACCUCCAACCCGCCCCAAUUCUCGGACAAUGGCGAUCAGAUUAUCAAUAAGGGCGCCCAUAUUCGCAUCAAGCUUAUGGGAACUCGGAGCGACGUGGGUAAAAUGCAUGCAAUUGGCAGUAUCAAAGAGGUAUUUUACUGUCCCCCUUGAAACGUGCUCUUCAGUGCUCAAAUUUUAUCGCAGGAUUAUCUAGGGUAUGACACUCAGUUUUGUGGAAACGUUGGUGUUAAGCUAAGAUGAUCCCAGGGUUUUGUGAACAAAUGGCGUUUCUGUGUUGCCCGCGGUGCUUUGGGUGUUACUCCUGCUGACAUGGUAGAAGGCCUGAAAAAAACACCACAACUUAAUUCCUACUAUUUAGUCUUGAACCGCCUAUAGAUCCCUUAUCCCUUGAUUCUUCAUUCGUUGGAUUUAAGCUUGACCCACUUCUCUCAUGCGUUGGUACAGCAUUGCGUUUCCCUUUCAUUUAUUCCCUUCUUGUCUUUAGUACCUACUCCUGGGAGUGGGAAGGAAACCUACCACCGAGAUAAAUUGAACAAAGCAAGAGGCCUAGAGACAUUGAAAGUUAGAUUCUGAUGCCGUUGGGAUAGAAUAAUCAGGCAUGACACCGGCUAGGUUUCCGGAAAGAGUGCAAGCAAUAAUAGCUUCUCUAUUCCUUCUUGGUACCUGGAGGUGAAGAUUUCAAGGUGCCAUAGAGUACAAUACAAGACCCUUUCAGAUCAAUAUCAUACUGCGACAUUUUAGGUUACUCAUGAACUACAAGAGUACUACAUAAGCUGCGGGCAAUAUGAUAUGAUUCACGAGAAUGUUCUCGUCUCGUUCUUGCCGUCUCUAGACCCUCGAGGGAUUCGGAGCUUUAGGUUGAACUAUUAGCAGUGCUGUUUGGAGAGAGAUCUUAUAUUCAGCGCACUAAGGGCAGAGCCGUGUGUGGCGUGUGCCUCAAUUCUUCUGAUAAUGAUAUGGUAAAAUGGUAGCAGAAUCAAGGAAUGAGGAGGAAAAAGGUUGAGAUGAAGAGGGAAAAUCAGUAAAUUCAAUUAAGAAAUUGAUGAUUGUUGAAUUAUUAUAGUAAAGGUUGAGGUCCAGUUUGGUACAUUAUUUUUGUGGCAUAAAAGUAUCUCAUAGUAUAAAUUGUGGCAAGUAAAAACUGUUUUAUAUAGGUGUGUGUUAAGGA